AAUCACGGCUCGAAGCCGGGCCGUGCCCGCUGCGGGACAUCGCUUUUCCUCGCCGGUAGAAAAGCGUCUUCAAACACCUUGUUUAGCAACAAGGCGGCGGAGAGGUCGAGGGGAACCGGGGCGGAUUCCUCAGCCCGUUGCUGAGCUGGGCUGGAGUCUCCCCUGGAGCGGCCCCUUCCCCUCAGCGCUGCGGCGGCGCCCGACAUGGCGGCGGCGCAGCUCCGCCCCUCCGCGCUGGGCGGGAAACCCGGCCGGGGCGCUGAGGGCCGCGCCAUGGAGGCAGCGGGCGACGAGGAGCGGCUCCUGCUCGCCCAGAGGCUGAAGGCUGCGGUUCACUACACGGUUGGCUGCCUGUGUCAGGAUGUUGCAGAAGACAAAGACGUGCAAUUCAGCAAACAAACCAUUGCAGCUAUUUCGGAGAUCACCUUCAGGCAAUGUGAUAACUUUGCAAAAGACCUUGAAAUGUUUGCAAGGCAUGCAAAACGAAGCACAGUCACUACAGAAGACGUGAAGCUUUUGGCUAGAAGGAGCAAUUCUUUGCUAAAGUAUAUCACCCAGAAGAGUGAAGAGAUCACAUCAAAUAACAUGGAGCAAAAGGAGAAGAAGAAAAAGAAAUCCAGUGCAGCUAAGGGAGGGGGAACUUCUGGCAAACAAGAAGCAGCUGUGACUGAAAGUGAAGAUUCUAACAUGGCAUGAUUUACCUUUAAAGUAAUGUCUCUGGUCAUUUUCUCUUAUUAUCCUAGAGGAACCAAAGUUAGCCUAUGAGAGAUUCCUCUUGCAGGUUAGCAACAGUAAUGAAUCUGUAGGGUUUUAGGUGAACAUGAUUAGUUGGAUUUUUUUUGUUCCAAAAAUGCAAGGUCUGUCAGAAUUCAGUAAAGCUUACAGCCAAAAUGCCUUAAUUGCUCACAGAAAGGUUUCUUACUGUUAUUAAAAAGAAAAUCCUUUAAAUAAAAAGUUUAAAGCGCAA